AUGACGACCACUAAUAAUCAACCAGAACGAUUUGAUACUCUACAAAGACUUGAAUUGGAAUCAACUAUUGGUUUUGAAGGAAAAGUUCCUCAUGGUCUUAAACUUCACCCAGAUCGUACACAUAUGGUAUAUCCAAUAGGAUGUAAUUUAGUUAUUGAAAAUUUACAAACACGACAACAAGAAUUCCUUCUCGGACAUAAUAAUAAUAUAUCAAGUGUAGCUAUAUCAAAUAAUGGAAAAUAUAUUGCUUCAGGUCAAGCAACAUAUAUGGGUUUUAAGGCUGAUAUUAUUAUUUGGGAUUAUGCUACUCGUGAACCUUAUGCACGACUCGUUUUACACAAAGUCAAAAUUGAAGAUCUUGUAUUUACUUGUUCAGAUAGAUUCUUAAUAUCCUUAGGUGGUCAAGAUGAUGGAGCUAUUAUCGUAUGGAAUAUUGAAACUAAAGAACCCGUAUGUGGUAGCGCAGCUCAACAUAAAAGUGCUGGUAUUACAUAUUGUUUAGCUGCAUCAAAACAAGAUGAAUGUCAAUUUUUUAGUGGUGGAAAUGGUACACUUCGUUUUUGGCAAUUGGAUAUCGCUAAUCGAAAAAUUCGAGCAACAGAUAUUAAUACGGGUAUUGUUAAACGUAUUGUCAAAUGUAUGACAGUCUCAUUGGAUGGUACUAUUCUUUAUUGUGGUACAACAUCAGGAGAUAUACUUAUGAUCUAUAUUCCAGCUACUCAAUUUAAAUGUAUUGGACCUGAAAAGAAAAAAUAUUCAAUGGGAAUUACAACUAUACAAGCAUUAAUCAAUGGUGAUGUUUUAAUUGGUACAGGUGAAGGAAAAAUUCAUAUUGCUGAAAAAGAAACGUUUAAAUCAUUAAAAUCUGCACAAGCUAUGGGUGAAAUAACUUCCAUAGCAUUAAGAGGUGAAGGUCAUAUGAUUUUUAUUGGUACAGAUCGAUCACAUAUUUAUAAAAUUAAUUAUGCUGAUUGGAAAAUGGAAUUAAUUAAUACAUGUCAUAAUUCACCUAUAAACGAUAUUGCAUUUCCUUUUGGAACUUCGGAAUUAUUUGGUACAUGUGGAUUUCAAGAUAUUCGUAUAUGGCAUGCACCAACUGGUAAUGAAUUAUUACGAAUAUCAGAAGCAAAUAAAACAUGUAAUUCAAUAUGUUUUAGUCGUGAUGGAAAAAUGAUUUUAAGUGGAUGGGAUGAUGGUCGUAUUCGAGCUUUUUAUCCUGAAACCGGUCGUGAGAUGUUUAGUAUAAAUGAUGCACAUAAUCGUGGUGUAACAGCAAUAGCUAUUACAAAUGAUUGUCGACGAAUAGUUAGUGGUGGUGGCGAAGGUAUGAUACGUAUUUGGCAAAUCAAUCCAAAUUCACGUGAACUAUUGGCAACUAUGAAAGAACAUAAAAAUGCGAUUGUUUGUAUUCGUAUUAAUAAAUCGGAUACAGAAUGUGUUACGGCAUCACUUGAUGGUACUUGUAUUAUUUGGAAUUUAAAACGUUUCGCACGUAAUCAAGUUUUAUUUGAAAAUACACUUUUUCAUUGUGUAGCUUAUCAUCCUGAAGAAUAUCAUAUAGUAACAGGUGGUAGUGAUCGAAAGAUUGGAUAUUGGGAAUCUACAAAUGGUGCACAAAUACGUGAAUUAGAAGCAUCAAAAAGUGGAACUAUUAAUGGACUUGAUAUUGAUAAUUCUGGUAAUUAUUUUGUUACUGUUAGUGCUGAUAAAUUAGUAAAAUUCUGGCGUUAUAAUGAAGGUGACGUCAUAAGUGUUGGUAUUGGUCAUGGUAGUGAAGUGAAAAAAGUUAAAAUAUGUCCAAAUUCACAACAUAUUAUUUCUGUUAGUGCUGAUGGAAGUAUUUUCCGAUGGAAAUUUCCAAAAUCAACUAUAUAA